GAUGCUGCCAGCGUCUGGGCCACGUGAGUCUUUGCUGCCAGGUCCCCAGACAUUUUAAGCUUCCUUCAUUUGGUGAAGGUACAAAAUGAAAAUCAAUUCAGCUGCCCAGGGAGUGAGGGAAGCUGGCUGCUGAGCAGAGACGCCUGCUGUGGGAAGCAGCCCGAGGCUCCUCAAAGGGGCAGCAGAGGUGCAGCUUUACUCCCAAGUGCCCACCAGCUGUGACUUGGUGGUUCCCAGCACCCCCAGCUGGGGAGGGAAGGGUGUCUUUGGUCCAUCUGAGCCCUCGCCAUCCCCCUGCUGCCAUCAGACCUAACCUUCAUCCUGCCCCUCACCAAACAGGCUGGGCAUCUGCUCCUGAAGCGAACGGGUGAGCCUGAGAUGCAAGGGACAUCCCGCCUGACGUUAUAGAGUUUUCCAAUGGAAAGGCUGGUAUUUUUGAUGAGCUUUUGUUUGCUGUUAUCCGAUGCAAAGCAAGCACCGUCAUUUCUCAUCACUGCCCCAAAUGUGGUGCACGUGGGCACAGAGGAGACAAUAACCAUUCAAGUUCAUGGAGCAAAGAGCCCUGUGCAAGUUACCGCAUACUUCAAAGAUGAGAUGAAAAAUCAGCUUCUAUCAGAGAGGAUCAUCUUUAACCUUAACCAAGGGAAUAACUACCAAGAGAUGAAAAAACUGAUGGUCAAGCCAGAAUUUCUGCAGCAGGAUGUGUUCAAGAAGAGUAAAAGGCCGUAUAUUCUGCUUGUCACCGAAAGCAGGGACCUUUAUAAGGAGGCUGUUCAAAACAUCCGCAUCCUCCUGUCAUCCAAGAAAGGCUACAUUUUCAUUCAGACAGACAAGCCUAUAUACACACCAAAUUCCAAAGUAAAAUACAGGAUCUUCAUUCUGGACAAUGCUAUGAGGCCAGCAGAAGACACAGUUACAAUUGCUGUACUAAAUUCAAAAGGAAUGGUGGUUAAAAAGUCAGAACGGAAAAUAAAGACAGUGUUCAGUGAAAUUUUUGAAAUACCUGACAUUGCCGAGCCUGGAAGCUGGAAAAUCAAAGCCUGGUUUCAUAGUUAUGAAAUGUCCAAUGUUUCGGCUGAAUUUGAAGUUAAAAAAUAUGAGCUUCCAUCUUUUGAAGUCAAACUCAUCCCACUUCAGCCAUACUACUCCAUCUGGAAUGCGAACUUUAUAUUUGAUAUUGAGGCAAAGCACUCUUAUGGAAAAGGAAUUCAAGGAGCUGCGUACGUGCGAUUUGGAAUAAUAGAUGAAACUGAGAAUAAAGUCUUUCUUCCAGGCCUGGAACAACAGCUAUCAAUUCAAAAUGGAAAAGGAAGAGUUACUUUAAAUACACCACUUUUGGAAGAAAAAUUAAAUAGGAGUAUUUCUACUCUAGAAGGGUUUCAUUUAUACAUUGCUGUUACUGCUGUAGAAACUGCAAGUGGAGAGAUGAGGGAAGAGGAACUCAGCAAUGUGAAGUUUGUGAAAUCUCCUUAUGUGGUUGAUCUGUCUAACACCAAAAAGUACUUUGUGCCUGGAGCCCCCUUCUCUGUUGUGGCCUCUGUCACUUUGGUUGAUGGCUCUCCUGCUGCCUCUCUGUCUGUAACUGCUACUGUCACCUCACCCGGAAAGUCCUCCAUGAAGAAGACUGCACCUUCUAAUAAAGAGGGCCUAAUACCCUUUACAUUCGAUAUCCCUGCAGAUGCCCAAACACUUCAAAUAACGGUAAAGGCUGAAGAAGGAAAAGAAAAAUUAGAAUCACCAGAAGCCAGUAUCAGAGCUGAAAGAUACCAGUCUGCUAACAGCAACUACCUCAGCAUCAGCAUCCCACAUACUGUCUUGGCACCCGGAGAUACCUUACGUGUUAUUUUGAAUGACAUUCAUCAGACUGGCAGUGGAAAGACUGACUAUUUCUAUUAUAUGGUUGUGGCAAAGGGACAAGCUGAGCUUUUGGGAAGGGUUCCCUCCUCAAACAAAGCAAUAAACCUCAAAGUCACCGAGAAGAUGGUGCCCACCUUUCGCUUCUUAGCUUACUACUUCGUUGAAAACCAGGGCCGUCAAGAGAUUGUUGCUGAUUCUGUAUGGGUAGAUGUUAUGGACGUCUGUGAAGGAAAGAUUAAAGUGAGAACAGAACAUCAGAUGUAUGAACCAACAGACAGCAUCAAAUUAUUGAUUGAAACGGACCAUGCGGGAACAAUUGCCUUAGCUGUGGUUGAUAAAGCAGUUUUUAUUCUGAACAAGAAAAAUAAACUUACAGCCAAAAAGGUAUUUAAUGCAAUGAAUUCGUAUGAUCUUGGAUGUUCUGCAGGUGGUGGUAGAGAUAGUGCUCAAGUUUUUACUGAUGUUGGUCUGGCCUUUUUAUCAGAUACAAUUAAAUCCAAUGUUCGGGAAGGGUACACAUGCCUCCAAGCUGCUAGAAGACAGAAGAGAUCUUUGGAUUUCCGUCAGAAAAUUUCAGGAAUUGUCAGCAAAUAUCAAGACCCUGGUCUACGAAAAUGCUGUGAAGAUGGAAUGAAAUUAAUUCCCAUGAGGUUUUCUUGUCUGCAAAGACUAUCAAAGGUGGCUGGCUCCCCUGGAUGCAGAGAGGCUUUCAAGACCUGUUGUGAAAAUGCCGCAGCCCUCAGGAAGGAGGCAGCGAAGAAGAAAAUCAGAGUGGGCUUGGCACGAUACUUUGAUGACCAAGAAGAAGUAUUUGAUGAAAUGUCUCUCAAUUUACGCAGUUAUUUUCCUGAGAGCUGGUGGUGGAAUUUUAAAGAAGUGAAAAAUCCUGGAAAUCAUAGUGUAAACAACAUUGCUCCUGACUCUAUAACUACCUGGGAAGUCCAGGCAAUAAGCAUAUCUCCCCAGAAAGGAUUUUGCAUAGCUGACCCCCACACCUUUGACGUUUUCAAAGACUUUUUUGUGUCCUUGAGAUUACCAUACUCAGUUAAACGACAUGAACAGCUGGAAAUAAAAGCAGUAGUUUACAACUAUCUGCCUGAUGAUCUCCAGGUCACAGUGACGAUGGAUGCAGUGAAGGGGCUAUGCACCGCAGAGGCCACAGAGAAGUCAGUGCAGCUGAAAUUGCUGGUUAAGGGGAACUCUGCAACACCAGCCUAUUUCUCAGUUGUUCCUCUGAUUGUGGGAGAAAUUCCAAUUACUAUUUCUGCUUUUGACCAAACCUCAGGGCAUGGCGAUAGUGUUAGGAAGAACCUCAAUGUUAUGGCUGAAGGUGUAUUACAGAGAGAAGAACAGACGAUUUGCAUUAAUAGUGACUUAAAGUCCCAUACACUGGAUCUGAACAGACCAUCUAAUAUGGUACCAGGUUCUGACAGUCAUGUAUUUGUUAACCUGAAAGGAGAUCCCAUGGGUGAUUCUGUUGAAAACUGUCUUAGUCUCAAUGGAAUUGAGAAACUUAUUAAGGUGCCCACGGGUUGUGCAGAGCAAACGAUGGUGAAGAUGGCCCCCACGGUCUACGCUAUUGAGUACUUGGAUGCCAGCGAGCAGUGGCAGAACUUUAAUCCUGAACGGAAGGUUGAAGCCAUCAAGAUGAUUGAAAAAGGUUAUACUAGACUGCUUGAAUUUCAGAAGAAUGAUGGUUCCUAUGGAGCAUUUAAAUCAACCCCCAGUAGUGUAUGGUUAACUGCUUUCAUUGUUAAAGUACUCACAAGGUGCAAAGAAUACAUUAGUGUCGAAGACAAUCAUAUACACAACUCGAUUGCCUACUUGCUUAUUCAACAGCAGGUAGAUGGUUCAUUCCACGACCAUCAUCCAGUAUUGGACAGGACUAUGCAGGGUGGCAUUGGGACAGCAGAAGAGAAUUUGGCACUAACAGCCUUUGUAACUAUAGCAUUGCAACAUACUCUACAGAUUUACAAAGAGUCACCUGAUGUGGUACAAGCUGUUAGAAGAGCUGUGGCUUACAUGAAAACUCAACUUCCAAGGAAUACUAACUGCUAUUCUACAGCCAUCACUGCUUACGCUCUGACGCUUGUUCAGUCUGAUGGCAGUGAAGCCCAGUCGGUGAAAGAAAAGUUAAGGAGCUGUUCUGUUUUUAAUCCAGAAAAGCAGCAGCGCUACUGGGGAAAUGGCAACAAUGCAGUCUCGGUGGAAACCACUGCCUACGCAUUGCUUCAAGCAUUGCUCCUGAGAGACCUGGAAUAUGCAACGCCUAUUGCUACGUGGCUGACAGAAAGGAGGAACUAUGGUGGAGGAUACUGCUCUACACAGGACACAGUGGUGGCCCUGGAAGCAAUGUCAGCAUACAGCAUUCAGACACAGGAUACUGGUUCCACCAAUCUGACUGUAAAACUGGGAACACCUGGAAGGCAAAAAGACUACACUAUUAUUUUGACUGAUAGUGAUGAAGGAAUUCAGAAGGAGCUAGAGUUUGAUCUUGGGAGAAAACUUGAAGUGUCUGUACAAGGCAGAGGAAAUGGGACAAUGAGUAUAUUGAAAAUGUACUGGUCAUCUGAGCUGAAAAACAACAUAUGCAACGACCUGAUUUUGACGGUGGAAAUGGAAGGGAAGGUUAAGUACGCCGAUUCUGUAUACUCUGAGGAAAACUAUGAUUAUGAAGACUCUCCUGCUGCAGACGACGGUACAUCUGAGCCCCUGUCUAAAAUAGACUGGUUUGAUAUCCGCAGCAGAACGAAAAGGGAUGUGGUCUCUCCUAGUAAAGCAGAAUCUCUGCAAUACAAAGUCUGUGUCAGGUCCACAGGUUCCAAUCCACCAAAGAUGUCCCUGGUCGAUCUCUCUCUGCUGAGUGGCUUGGAGCCUGACACAAAGGAACUUGAACAGUUGGUAACAUCUUCAGACAAAUACAUUCAGCACUUUGAGUACAAGGAAGGAAAGGUUUUGCUCUACUUUGGUGAGCUCACAACUGGACCAGACCCAGACUGUAUAUCAUUUGGGGCAAAGCAAAUUAAUCCGAUGGGCUUGGUUCAGCCAGCAAAUGCAAUCCUUUAUGAUUUUUACAAUCCUGACAGAAGGUGCAGUGUCUUCUACAGUGCUCCCCAGCACAGCGCCAUGCUUUCCAAGGUGUGUCAUGCCGAUGCUUGCCAGUGUGCAGAAGGUCCCUGCCCAAGACAAAAAUCAACUUUCAGUAAAACUGUAACAGAAAACACACGUUUUAAUUUUGUGUGCUACCAACCUAUUGCAGAUUAUGUGUAUGAGGUGGAGCUCCUCAACAGUACACAGAAGAAUGUUUUUGAUUACUAUGAGGUCAAAAUCCAGAGAAUCCUUAAAGUCACUGCUGAUGAAAGCGUCCAAGUGGGUGCCCAUCGACAGUUCCUAAAACGCUCCACUUGCAAACUAAACAUGGUACCUGGCAAACGGUACCUUCUCAUGGGGAAAGAUGGGCAAACUGUUGAUUGCAACGACAAGAUGCAGUACUUCCUUGAUUCACAAGCCUGGGUAGAGAAAAUUCCAGAUGACAGCGAGUGCCGCACCACCCUGCACCGGCAAGCCUGUGCUCACCUGCGGGACUUCAUGAGCAAGCAUGACAACCUCUGCCUCUUCUGAAAGACUGCUCCGCUCCUCACAUCCCACCCGUGUUACUGCAACUCAGCUCCUUCCUAAUUUUUUUCUUGCAAAUCCUGUACAUUGAAGAGGCACCUGAGACAUGGCAGAGCUGCUUCUGUUGCUAGCUGUUUUUCUCCAAUACUUGUUGAGAGGGACUUCUUCCUGUGGAUGUAUGUGCAGGGCUAAUAUGACAAAAAUUGCAGUUACUCUACUAGUUGUUGUGUUUAUUGUCGCAGACACAGGUGAAGAGGGAAAAGGAAUUUCUGUCUUCCUGACCAAUUACUCAAUAGGGCAAUUAUCCUGCAGGGGAUUAAAUGACUUUUUUUUUAAUUUUUUUUUUUUUAAGCAAAACACUGUGCUUGCAGAGAUGAUUAAUUUCCCUAAACAUUGUCACUGGAUGAUAAAGAGGCCAAGAAAUUUGCAUGGGUCAGGAAGAAAACUGCAUUCAUGGGCUUAGCAAGUACAGCCUGUGAUCCAAUGCUGCUGAAAGAUAGCACUCACACUUCAGCACUUCAGUUCAUUUCUGAUAUUAAUUGUAGGACCUCAUGUGGGUGAACAAAUGACUCCACUUGUACCCACAGCAGGAUUCUCAUACACACUUCUGAAGCAGGAACUGGCUCAGCAUCAGGGACGGA